CGCAUGCGGGGUACCUAGUAUAAGACAACUGACCUUGAAGCAUGAGCACUACCCCAGACACACAGGCCAUCACCACAUCGCGAAAUGGCAAACGAACUGAGAGUUCUACCCCCAGGAGCCGGAUACGGCAUCGUGAUCGGCAUCGGCGGCGUCUUUGCCCUCUUCAUGCUCUGCCUAACCUGGAUGCAGAACCGGUAUACAAAUUUCUCUACCCACCGCGCCGAAGAAUUCAACACCGCUUCACGAUCAAUCAAGCCGGGUUUAAUAUCCGCGGGGAUCGUCUCCUCCUGGACAUGGUCUGCGACGCUUUUGACCAGCUCGACCUUCGCUUACAACUAUGGCGUUUGCGGGCCAAUGUGGUACGGCGCCAUGGGGACGCUGCAGAUUCUUCUCUUCUCGCUUAUCGCGAUCAAAAUCAAGGCGAAUGCGCCGGGCGCGCAUACGAUGCCGGAGAUUGUCCUCGCGAGACACGGGAAAUUGGCUCAUCUGACGUAUCUUUAUAAUGCGCUGGCGACAAAUAUGCUCGUUGGAGCGUGUUUGGUGCUAGGAGGCGCGCAAGUGGUCGAGGCGCUGACGGGCAUGAACGUGUACGCGGCGAACUUCCUCAUUCCGGCUGUUGUUGCGGCAUACGUGAUUGCUGGUGGAUUGCGGUCGACGUUCAUCGCAGAUUAUACGCAUACUGUCAUCCUGCUCGUCGCUAUUCUGGUAUUUGGAUUCCUGAUAUCCGCGACAAGUGAUCUCGUCGGUAGCCCUGGGAAGCUGUACGAGCUGCUACAAGAGGCAUCAGAGAACAUGCCGAUCAAUCGAAACACAGAAGGAUCGUAUCUUGCAUUACACUCGGUGGGAGGACUAAUAUUCGCGAUUGAUUUGCUCAUCGCGGGAUUCACCACCGUGUGGCUUGAUCAGGCAUACUGGCAACGAGCGAUUGCUUCUAGACCGGAAACAUCAGUCAAAGCAUACAUGCUCGGAGGCAUCGCUUGGUAUGGAAUUCCAUUCGGUUUCGCCACGGCAAUGGGCCUCGGCUGCGCCGCUUUAACCAACAACCCGGCCUUCCCAACCUAUCCCAACCCCCUAAGUGCACAGCAGGUAGAAGCCGGUCUAUCAGCACCCGCAACUGCAAUCACGCUCCUCGGCAAAGGCGGCGCCAUCCUCGUCCUGAUUCUCCUUUUCAUGGCAGUCACGAGCUCCACAUCUGCUGAGCUCAUCGCCGUCUCAUCCCUUCUCACCUUCGACGUCUACAAGACGUAUUUCCGCCCGGACACCGACUCCGCGACACUAGUCCGUGUCAGCCACUGGGCCAUCGCCGCCUAUGCCCUGGUCCUCGCCGCCUUCUGCUGCAUCCUCAACGCCGUCGGCCUCAGCCUUACCUGGCUACUAACCGUGCUGGGUGUGAUCGUCGGAGGCGCCGCUGUCCCGGUCGGGUUGAUCCUACUCUGGAGCCGCAUGUCCACAGUCGCUGCCGUCGCGGCGCCCUGGAUUGGAUUCUGCUGUGGUGUGCUAGUCUGGUUCGUGACGUCGUGGAAACGCUCGGGGACAAUCAGUGUCGCGACGACAGGGGACGAGACGAAUGCCGUGGCUGGGAAUCUGGCCUCGUUUGGAGUGGGGAUUGUUUCCGCAGUGGUGUUGAGUUUCGUCUUUCCGCGGAAGCACACGUCUACUGAUCCGCGACAUAUUGAUCGGUCGAAUAAAAUCCUGGGGAUCGCAGUUCAGUCUACUGGAGAUCCUGAAGUUCUCGAGUCAAAGGAGAAGCAGCCUGUUUCUGAUUCCUCAGUCAAUGAGAUGACACCGCCGUCGAAGAGCGAAAUACCAGAGUAUCUUGAGUCCAAGCAGAUCGAGCCUAUGGAUCCUGUGCUUGUUCGCAAAGCAGAGAAAAUAGCGUGGACUGCAAGUGCGGGAUUCAUUCUGAUCGCUGUCAUCCUGGUGCCGUUUACGUUGUUUGGUACACGGUAUGUUUACAAUCGGGAGUUCUUCACAGGAUGGGUGGUUGUCUCGUUUAUCUGGAUAUGGGUGAGUGUGAUAAUUUGUGUUGUUUAUCCUGUGGUUGAAAGCGCCGGAGCCCUUCGAGAAAUCUCGCGAGGACUGUGGAUGGAUAUUUGUUCUUUAGUUGGAAUCAAAAAGAGCAGACUCCAAACGGACAAAAAUGAGCAAUCAGUUUGA